GCUAGGUGCUGAGCCGAGCGGAUAGGCGCGGGGGCGCGUCCGUCAUGGGGCAGCCCCCGGCCCGGACUCGGAGGGAUGCGGAGUGGCGGCCGCGGCAGUGGCGGAGACUGUAGCUUUAAGGGCGCGCCGGUAGCCCGCGCUCCAGCCGGGCCGAGCUUCGCCACUGCGCACCCCAGUUGAACCGAGCCUGGCGCGGGCCGGACGGGACAGCCUGCUGCCGGGGUGCUGAGUCCCAGCCCUAGACCUCUGCUGGGGGGUCCUUCCUCUGAAGACAUCGCCAGUGUGUGGAGCCUGCCCCACACCCACUCCCUGCCAAACCACGGCCUUUACCUGUGUCUUCCGGUGUUUCCCGUGCGACCCAUCCUGUGGGAGUGCCUCGUGGGCUACCCCGGAGUUCACCUCACGCUCAGCAGCGCCGAUGGUGAAGAUGACAAGAUCCAAGACUUUCCAGGCGUAUCUGCCUUCCUGCCACCGGACCUACAGCUGCAUUCACUGCCGAGCCCACUUGGCCAAUCACGAUGAACUGAUUUCCAAGUCGUUCCAGGGAAGUCAAGGACGAGCAUACCUUUUUAAUUCAGUAGUCAAUGUGGGCUGCGGGCCUGCAGAAGAGCGAGUGCUGCUCACGGGACUGCACGCAGUCGCAGACAUUUAUUGUGAAAACUGCAAAACCACCCUGGGCUGGAAAUAUGAACAUGCUUUUGAAAGCAGCCAGAAAUAUAAAGAAGGCAAAUACAUCAUUGAACUAGCGCACAUGAUCAAGGACAAUGGCUGGGACUGAUCAGCAGCCACCCACCCCAGUGUCCGUGUGAACGCCAUCCAACCGAACAUUCUACCCAAGCGCGAGAGAGUGACUGAACACUUGGUUCCAUCCACUGAGGGGCCUUGCCAUCUGGGGCACCCUCUCACCCGGACGCCAUCUUGUUGGUGACUGGCCUCUAAAUCGCUGUCUCUGUCUCUUUGCUUCGUAUCUGUUUGUGAGUUGAUUCUGGCUUCUCUCUGUUCUAGUGUUGACUGAAAACAAAAACAUCUACAGGAACAGAUCCCAGCCCACCCUGAUCAGGGCCCCAGGGCCCCCUGAGCAAAAGCAGCCUGGUGGCUUCUGUCUGGGAGGAAGAGGAGGGGAGGCUGGAGGCCCCCAGGGGUGGGCGGAGGGCGGAAGGCAGAAUAAAAUCUCACCGAAAUGUGAGCUUGAAAUGAUAGACUUGUCUAAAAGGACAAAGAGGAGAAAAAAAAAAAACAUACCUCACAUGACUGCAUUCUCUCUGACACCAGGUGUGUCAGGUUAGCAGCAGAGCACAAGCCCUCAUGAUUCAGGCAGGCAGGGCAAGAGCUGAGCCGGGAGGGCCCUGGCAGCGGCGAGCAGGCGAGCAGGCGCUCCCAC